AAUGUAUGUUUAAUUAUUUGUAAUACAAAUAUCUGCCUAGAUACUGCGCCUUACUUAAAUUGCUUACGAGUACUCAUUUGUUGUAUUAAAGCAAUGGAUACAGUAUAUAUGUGUCCCACUAUCUUAAGUAUCAGCUAUUUUGUUAUGUUUUGACUAAGAGUCCAGUCCCAACCCCCUAGCAUAAUCAGGAAGAGCCUGACCCUACUUUCCGUCGUGUGACGUCAUCAAUAUGCCCCUUAGGCUGACGUUACUAUAAUUGACGUUGGCCCAUUGUUAAGCGGGAAGCGUUUCAAACGCACGGACUGGAUCUUGAACGCAAUCAGGGAAUUCAAAAAUUGGCUCAGUAAUUAGUUAAUAUUACUUCGAAUUUUUAAUUCACUGGCCAAGAAAACGGAUGCAGUAGGAUUGGAGUCCCCCGACCAUUCAGAAGACCUACCUAUUCUGUUCUUAGUGACAUCAGAGUUCUUGAGUUCUAAAGAAUGGAGGAACUUAAAACCAUUUCACCCUAAAACCUCAGAGAGCAGCAUUUACAGCAGUUCCACCUUAAUGUCAGAAGGUGCUUACGAAUUUCAGACCAACCUACCUAGUCAUAGACAUGAUGUGGAAAAUCUCAGUCCUACUGGUUUUUCUGGUGUAUAUCACUAUUGCUCAAGCUCAAGAGUGUAAUGAACCUGUGGGAGAGAACAUGAAGUUGAAAGACCCUCCCAGUUCGUUCCCUGAUGGUACCACAGUUACUUUUGCCUGCAUUGUUGGUUACCAGUCUGCAGGAGGGUCUCCAUCAAUCACCUGUACAGCGGGAACUUGGAGCCCCAUCAAGCUCAAAUGCGAGAGGAAGAACUGUGGUUCAGCUGGAGAAAUUUUAAAUGGACAAACCAACUACCCUGAAGAAACACUUUUUGGUGAUAAGGUUAUUUACACAUGCAACACAGGUUACGUCAUGAUUGGCACUAAAGAAAGGAUUUGCGGAGACCAAGGAUGGAUGGGGAGGGAGCCCACUUGUGAAGCUGUCUCCUGUGAUCCUCCAACUGCUAAUGCAAAUAGUGAAUAUAGUCCAAUCAAAGACAACUAUGGAUAUAAUCAGCAAGUCCGCUACAUCUGUAAAGAUGACCUUGCGCUCAUUGGAUCUCCAGUGUCGACAUGUAUAGAAACUGGGUUUGAUACCGAACCUCCUACAUGCAUCGCGGUCUCCUGUCCAGAUGAUGAUGUUGCAAAUGGUGAACAGGUGUCAGGCUCUCGGCCUCCCCAUCGUUACAAAGCCAUUGUAACAUUUAAGUGCCUGUCGGGAUAUGUUAUGGAAGGUGUGGCUACGCAGGUGUGUGGUUUGGAUAGCAAAUGGUCACCUGGACUGCCAAAGUGUAAAUUGAGCUCAACCAUUGCCGCCACCACCACCCCCACCACCCCCACCACACCUCCAGCAGACAAAACAAUGUCUCCUACGACAACUCCUCAACCUGACAGUGGAAACAACUUGUUCAUCAAAAUUGGGAUUCCCAUUCUGGUAGUCAUUGGUGUACUUGUUGCUGGAGUUUCGUGGUUUAUCAUGAAGAAAAAAAAACGUAAGCAUCACAGUGUUGUUGGUCCAGUCUUGCCAGAUUUAAAAAAAGAAUUUAAAGGAAUGUCGCAGAACGCUGACACAUGUGGGCAGAAUGGUCAAAUGCUGUUCCGUGAUUCAGGAACUUCUUGAAAACAACCUCAAUUCCCUGCAUAAGGUUUUGAUUCACAAUGUUUCUUAUGUUGUUGGAACAUUUGUAAUUACUAAUGACGCUUUUUAUUUUCAUUCAGUCGAGCCUGCUCCACACUAUCUGUUUAAUUUUUUAAUCAUGAAGGAAUGCAAUAUGAUGUUCAUCCAGAAUUGCUUUGGUUCAAGCACUAGAUUCAGUCCAGUACUUCAGCCACAGCAGCUUCAAGGUCUGACUUGAAGUUGUUUUCAUAGUUGAGCUAAAGUUUUAGAACUGGUUUAGCUGGUGUUGAAAGUCGCACUACUGGAAAUAACUGUGAUAUUUAGUUUAAAUCUUGCACUGUGUAUACCAAAUAUAUUGGAGACAAAUUGGUUAAAAAAAGAACUUAGAAACAGUAGCCUUUGCUAAUAGACUGAAGUUUUUCAAAGCUGGAUCAGUGCCAGACGGGAGGAAUGAUUCAUGAUGUGGAUAUAUUGUUUUGAAAGUCUUAGGCUGGAUGACUUUGUGAAAUGUGAGAAGAUGAACCCAUUGAUUAAGAAGUGUUUUUCAAAAGUGCUUAAUGGUGGUUUAUGUACAGUUAAUGGAGUUUUUGUAUAUGAAGAUUGGCACAGAAAAAAUUAAUUUGGCUUCAAAGUCUUCUCUAAAAAUUUAAAUCCUUCCUAUAAUAGUAAGUUGUGUAUUUUUGUGGAAUUUUCUGCUCUGCUUUUUCUAUGUAUUUAUUAAUAUCUGGUUCAUCAGAUCGUAGUUUAUAAAAAAAAAAAACCUGUGGCAUGACUGCGCCACUCUAAUGACAAAGUCAGCAGUUAGAAUUGUGUUAUUUCUUUUUCUUUAAGCUUCUGUUAUGGCCACAUUUGUGAUUGGCAAAAUAAAAAACAAUCUAAAAUAAAA